AUGCAAGGUCCGGCUGUAUUUAUGGAUAUAUCCCUAGAGGAUCAGGCCCAAGAGUUGAGGAAAUACUUUAAAAGUCUCGGUGCUGAAAUAUCCGAAGAAAAAUCACCUAAAGGCAUUGAAGAUGAUUUACACAAGAUUAUAGGUGUAUGUGAUGUUUGUUUUAAAGAAAACAAUGAGUCUGAUAUUGAAGCAGUUCUAAACAGUAUUGUGUCCAUAAUGGUGUCAAUACCACUGGAGCGAGGAGAGAACCUUAUUGUGGCAUUUAGUCAGAGAUUGGGCAAAGCUCCUGAGCCGAAGCUUGGCAUGGUCUCCUUACAAGCGUUAUGGAGAUUAUACAACAAUUUAGAGGCCAACUCACAAUUACGAUACCAUGUUUAUUACCACGUAAUAGAACUCGCUGCGCGGGUUGGUGCUGUUCUUGAUGUGUUCAAAGGUGUUGAGCAACUUAAGAAGGAGUUUGCUAGUUGUCCUCCAACAAGUGAACAGAUGCAGAAGUUGUAUAGACUAUUGCAUCACGUCUUGAAAGAUCAUAACAGUGAACUUGCUUCAAAAGUCAUGAUUGAAUUACUAGGCACAUACACCGAUGAGAAUGCCUCAUAUGCAAGAGAAGACGCCAUCAAGUGCAUAGUAACGGCCUUAGCUGACCCCAAUUCAUUCCUCUUGGAUCCUCUAUUGGAACUGAAACCAGUCCGUUUCCUGGAAGGGGAAGUAAUUCACGACCUGUUAACUAUUUUUGUCUCAGAGAAACUAUCUAGCUAUCAGAAAUUCUACGAUAAUCAUAAGGAAUUUGUACAUUCCCAAGGUUUAAGUCACGAACAGAACAUCAAAAAAAUGAGGAUAUUGUCCUUCAUGCAAAUGGCAGAGUCAAAUCCAGAACUUACUUUUGAUGAAAUCACAUCAGAACUUCAAAUUGAAGAAAAAGAUGUUGAAUCGUUUAUUAUUGAAGUUCUAAAAACGCGUCUCGUUCGCGCCCGAGUCAACCAGGCACAAAAAACAGUCCGUGUGUCCAGCACCAUGCACCGUACUUUCGGGCCUGCGCAGUGGCAACAAUUGCGUGAUGUGUUGCUCGCUUGGCGUUCGAAUGUACACCAAGCGCACGAGUCGAUGAAAACUGUAGCAACUGCGCAGCUGGAGUACGCAGCACAACAGCAGAAAGCGUGA